AGUCACCACUGAAUACAGUCAUUUACAGACCUCAAGAAGGUUUCACUAUCAGUCAAAUACUUGCAUAAACAAGAACUCUCGCAAUCCUGAAAUGGGGAGGGAUAGUUGUCUGGCUCGUGUAACAGCUGGCGUUGCGGUUGGAGGUGCUAUUGGUGGCGCCGUAGGUGCUGUUUAUGGAACAUAUGAGGCAGUCAGGUAUAAGGUGCCAGGACUUUUGAAGAUCAGAUACAUUGGACAAACCACACUUGGCAGUGCAGCCAUUUUCGGUCUCUUCCUGGGUGCCGGGAGCUUGAUACAUUGUGGGAAGUCAUAUUGAUUUGUUGAACUAAGAGCAUGAAGAAAUUCACUUCGUUCUUGUCACAAGGAUAUGUGGUUCAACUUCGUUUACCUUUGAGCUGAAGGAUACAACUUGUGGUGGCGAGUAGUUCUCUCUUUCAACAUAAAAUUUCCCAUAUGAUGUUUGGGGUUUCAGAAGCAGCUUAACAAGUAGUCUUGUGAAAUUUCUUGGACUUUCAUAGGUUUCUGACACCUUGAUGGUUGCUUCGUUUAUUUAUUUUUUAUGGAAACUGUUGAGCUACGAUUACGAA